GGUCUGGGGGGGUGGGUCUUGCUUGGGGAGGGACUGCCCAGAACCCUGUCUUCAGGCCCAGGCCAGCUUGGACCCCAUGUCCCGGAGCAGGGACUGAACUUGCAUCCCCACAAGCACAGGUGUGAUCAGGUGAAGAUGGUGAGAGCUGAAAAGGCUGUCCCUGUUCCAUCAACCUCUUCACUGAGCUGGGAGAGCCCAUGCUCUGGAGGGCCAGGUGACUUCCCCACAGUCACCCACAAGCUGUUAUUUGUACCGAGAUGACCUGUACGCUGGGACGAACCACCCAGAUCCAUCUCGGGGAGUUUCUAUUCCUGUAGACACCUGCAAGUCCCAGCAUGCCUGGCCUGUCAGAAUAGCCCGUGCCUCAGUCUCUCACAGGAUCUCCUAGUCACUCCAGGCUGCAGUUCAGCCCCAACUUUCCUGAAUGGCCGGAAUCUGCAGGGGGUCCCCGCUGAGAGCCGCCCAGGGCCCAUGGGUGAGUCUCAGCUCUCCUGGCCCUGGAGAUGGGAGGAUGUGGGGAAAUCUCUUCUCGCAAGGCCUUCCGGAGCUAUUUGGCCCAAGGCUGACCCAAACCGCUAUGGAGAAGCCAGAGCUGGCGAGUGGCAUGGGGCCCAGCAUAGCGGGGUAGGGGGUGGGGGAGGCCCUCCUGCUGCCCAUCCUCGAAGACACUCUGCAUGAGUGCCCCCUGCAUGGGGCUGAGGCAUCCCCCAGGCUGGGCCCUGAGGCCUUCCCAGCCCAUGAGUCCUAAAUAUGAAUGUGCCAGCAUCACGCUUUUUUCUGUGGGUGGUAGUUCUGAAUCCUAAACCCCAGGAGCGCUGGAAGUCUUGGUGGCUUCUUUCAGAUGCUGGUGGCCCCUGUGUGACACCCAGCCUAGAACAUCUAGUGUGUGACCUGCUUCCCUCUCGUCCAAAGGCGUCUCCUGCCUCUGCUCAUGCGCUGGUUCUUGUGCAGUGCGCAACUUCCAAGAGGGCACGGAAUGCAAAUCCCCUUCCUGGAGAAUGUUCCCCACUUAGACAGAGGGGACCCCCACAGAACCCCUCUCUAGACCUGAUAGAAAGAGCCCCCUCUGCCAGAUCAGGCUGACACUAGAGCCAUUUGAAGAACGUCUGGUCCCACCCCCUCAUUUCACCGAUGAGGAAGCUGAGCCCCAGAGAGGGAAGUGACUCUCUCCAGAGCAGGUUGGUGAACAAGCUGGGAGGAGAAAUGACAUCUCACAGCUCGCUCAGCUGUGCCACACCACCAACAGGAAAGAACAUGAGCCAGGGCAACAAAAGUGAAGACUGCUCCUUCAGUGACGUGGAUGAGCUGAUGAAAAGCGUGCAGCUGGCAGUCUAUGUCCCCACCUUCCUCCUGGGCCUGCUCCUCAACGUGCUAGCCAUCCGAGGCUUCUGCACCUUCCUGCAGAAGAGGUGUCUGGAUUACGCUGCCACCUCCAUCUACAUGAUCAACCUAGCGGUCUUUGACCUGCUGCUGGUGCUUUCCCUGCCAUUCAAGACGGUCCUGAACCACGUGCCGACACCCUUCCCUUCCUUCUGUACCUUGGCGGAAUGCCUCUAUUUCAUCAGCAUGUAUGGCAGUGUCUUCACGAUCUGCUUCAUCAGCCUGGACAGAUUCUUGGCCAUCCAGUACCCCAUCCAGGUCAGCCACCUCCGGUCCCCCAGGAAGAUCUUUGGGAUCUGCUUCAUCAUCUGGGUCCUGGUGUGGGCUGGGAGUAUCCCUAUCUACAACUUCCACGGGCAAGUGGAAACCUACAAAUGCUUCCACAAUAUGUCUGAUAGCACCUGGAGUGCCAAGGUCGUCUUCCCCCUUGAGGUGUUCGGCUUCCUUCUUCCCAUGGCCGUUAUGGGUUUCUGCUCCUCCAGGAGCAUCCGCAUUCUGAUUGGCCGUCGGGAUCAUAACCAGGACUGGGUCCAGCGUAAGGCUUGCAUCUGGACUAUCGCGGCCAAUCUGGCUGUGUUCGUGGUCUCCUUUCUUCCAGUCCACCUGGCAUUCUUCUUGCAGUUCCUGGUGAGGAAUGGCUUUAUUGUGGAGUGCAGAGCUAAGCAGAACAUCAGCUUGUUCGUGCAGUUGUCCAUGUGUUUCUCCAACGUCAACUGCUGCCUGGAUGUUUUCUGCUACUACUUUGUCAUCAAAGAAUUCCGCAUGGGCAUCAUGGCCCACCGGCCUUCCAGGGCCCAGCUAAUCCUCCAGGAUACCCUGACCACAGGGGCUACCAAGAAAGACCUGAUCAAAGAAAGCAAACCCUAGCCCUAAAUUCCAGCAGCGGAUAUCCUGUUCCAAGGUUUGGGAUGUGACAGGAUGAUAUAUGGCACAUUUACUAAGGCGCUUUCCAUUUUGAUGCUCAUUAAAUGCUGUCUUUGCUAGUUACGCCCCAAAGACCUUUCCGCAGCACCCAGACAGCUUGACAUAAAUCACGCAGUGUUUGGGGAUCUCUGAAGAACCUAAGAACCAGGUGAAUUCUUGAUUUUUAAGUCCAAAAUCAUGAGGCAGAAGAAUUGAGAAAGACAAUGAGACCAUCUGAAUAAGGCUGUUUCCCAGCUCUCCCUGUCCUUCUGUAGACUAGAAGAUUCUGGAAGGGACGAGAGGAAGGAGUUAGGAACGAGAACUAAGAGGGUUGGUCAUGGUGGAGUGUGUCCUGGGUAGAGAUGGAGCCGUAGAAUGGAUCAAGCUCCUUUUUAGUUUGGGGAUGCCGGGUGGAGCAGACUCACACUUUGCUAUCCCUCUGGGCUCUGUUGGCCAACAACCUCACAGAGAUGACAGCAAGUGGGGGUAAUCGAGGCAGAGCAAGUACACACAGAGAGCCCCAAGUUUCCUAUUGGCCUUAGAAAGGUCUGGGAAGCCAGCCAAACCUUUAUUUGCUCACAAGAAGGCUACAGAAGGAUGAGGGGGGCUGCGGUGAAGCUGUGGACACUUUGUGGAAGCAGUGAGGACAGUGUGGAAAGAUGUUGGUGACACCUGAGAGCCAUGAGGGGACAGGAUACACCCGGGGAGGGAAGAAGGCCAAGGGCUGGAAGUGGACUGCCCCUCCCCCAGUGCCAUCAGGAUGUCACAGCAUGGAGUUUUAGUGCUCGCCCAGAGGGAGGUGAGGCGGUGGAGAAGGGAAAUUCCUAGACGUGAUCAGCUUGCUGUCUUGAACAGCCUGAGAAGUUGUUAAUUAGACUUGGUUUCCUUGAGAACCGGGAGAAAGAAUCAGGUCUAAUUUAGUUCAGCGAGAGAAGAAUAAGGAACAUGUGUUUGUGUUGCCCACCUGAAUCCUGGCUGGGCAUCUGGCCAGGGAGGCACUGUCCACAGAGCUGUCCCCCUCCAGUGGUGACAGGGAGAAACUGAGUCAGGCAGGAAUGGAGCCACCAUCUCAAUGGCACAGGGCUCUUGGCACUUCCUGGUUGGAAACUCUGAACAAUUGAAUCACGGCUUCGAUUGGGCUCCUCAAUGAUCCAGAGAAGGAGCGGCAGCGACAGCCGAAAGCUUCCGGUGACUCAGCUGCUCCAGAGAGUAAAAUGAUUAUAAGGAUAAACGUGGGGCAGUUUUGCAAGACAGAAUGAGUGGGAUGAGACGUAACAGAUGAGACUUACUGUAAACAAGGGGAAGGUGUUUGGGAAGAAAAGCAACCACCUUCUACCUGUAGGAUAAGAGGCUUCCAUGGCCAAGUGGUGGAUGGAAGGGAGGGGUGACUGUGUGGCGGGGGAAGGGACCUAUUUAGAUAAAACCCUGAAGGGAGGAAGAGGUGGAGGUUGGGCCAUUGCCCAAGGCUUGAAGCGAUGGGGCUCUGUGAGGAGGUGGGGGACGGGCAGGAAGGAUGGAGGGCAGAGCUGCUUCCUGCCCGAGAAUCCCCAGCUUGACUGAGAGCCAUCAAAGGGCAGGAGCCCCGCCUUCUCCUCCUUCCUCUCAGCUGACUCAGUGGUCAAGUGGUGUUCUGUGGGGCUGGAGGGAAGGGUGAGGAAGAAGGUGUCAAUGAAGGGGUAGAAAUGGGUGUGGAGGAGUGAUCAUGACCAGGACCAGAGGCUCUUGUCCCUCAGACUGGCCUCCAGGAACCAGCAGCCAGAGUCAGGGGCUCUGCAGACCAGAGAUGAGUCCUGCCCGUCUGCCCCAAGCCCUGGACAUCCUCCCCCCUACCUAUGGGCUGGCUACACUGUCCCAUGGCCAUCCUAGACAGAAGCACACCUGUGUUACUGUUGGAAAGCCAGAAAGCUGCCAUAUGCAGCAGGACAUUUGGGCUGAAUUGGGGUCAGAGUCCAUGGGUGGGUGGAGAUAUGGACCACCCCUCCUCCAAUUUCUCUCUUUGCAUGAGUCUAGACUCAUGAGCUGUGUGACUAUAAGGUGUAUGUCCUUGGAGGGGUAGAGCAGUCCUGGGUGGAUGUGACAACUGUGGACCUGUCUGUGGGUGAGUCUUGGAAGCCUGACCAAUCCCAACACACUAGGGGGAGGAGAGGUACCUCUUCUCUCUCCCCACAGGGACCCAUCCUGGCCUUCGAGUCACAGGGGACUCAUCAGGGUCUGUGGGAGUGGCUACAGGCCCAGUGCAGCAGGCCAGGCUGCUCUGCAGAGGAUCCAGCCUCUGGGCCCAAGCCCAGCCCACAGUCAGCGGUCAGGCAUGGAAAGGGCAGAGGGUCAGGGACACAGGGUCAGGGUCAGGGUUAGGGUGCUGAUGCAUGCAAGUGCCAAUGCCCACAGCAAGUGGCAGCCAGUGAGUUGGGGAACGCUGAACUUUGUCACGGAAAAGGCUGAAAUUCCUGCUACUAAAGCCGGUGGAGGCUUGGAGACAUUGUUUGGCCAUAAACGUGACCUUAUUUGUACUCCUAGUCUGGAAAAACCCGAGACAUAGCUGUGAUGUGUACCUGCAUGAAACUGGCACAAUUAAUUGGAAAAAAUGAUUUGAUUAAGCUGACCUGUCAAAUAAAUAGACUCCUAUGAUGCUGUGUGA